GCGGAGGAGGCAAAUGGCAAAGCGUAAUCGGCUGGAAGUGGCCGAUUCCGGCAGCAAGGCUUCAGUCCGUCUUAAAACGCUCACGUAGCCUCUCGACGCUCCCGAUUCUAUUACACCACGGAGAACCGAGCGCGAUCCACAAGAUCGUUUCAAUCGUGAAACAGUCAUGAAGAUGAAAAACGUGGCUGCGAUCUUCCUCGUGCUCGCGCUGUCGCUGAUUCUCGUUGACGACGCAGAGGCAGGAUGGAAAUUCUGGAAGAAGAAGGACAAAGACACGACUACAACCACCACGACGAUCGCUCCGGCAGUCGCUGGAACCAAUCCUGAGCUAACAAAAUCGAACGAUCCGUCAGGUGUUACACCUGUGACGAACAAAUCGCCAGGAAGUCCAACGAACGUUGGAUCAGCGGUUCUCGGAGCAGGAGAUCCUGGACUGGCGAUCGGUGUCGGUUCGACCGGAGGAAAGGUAAAAGAAAAUGCCCGGCCGAGCAGACCGAAUCCAGGAACGGAAGUGGGUCUCGAUUUCCCGGUAUCGAAACCAGGAAAACCAGGCGUCGGCGGUAACAUUGCUCAAGGGUACAGAGAGUGGGCCGUGGAUCUAACUGGAGCUGGAGAACCAGGGAGACAACCACCAAGAUUGCCCGGUACAGGACCAGCAUUAAAUUCUGCAGAUUCCAAACUGGGUCCUGCGGGCGUGGCACAGCCGCAGACGCCAGGUGCUAAACCAGUCUCGACGCCAGGAAAUGUUCCAUCGCAGCCUCCAUCGCCAGGUGCCAAGCCAGCGACGAGUCCUGGAAAUGCACCAUCGUCACGGCCUCAAUCCCAACCACAGCCACAACCUCGGCCUCAGUCUCAGCCUCAACCUCAACCUCGUCCACAAACACCAGGAUCACCUACACCAAGCUCUAAGCCAGUUGCUGCACCAGGACAACCUCAACCUGCGGCUGGAGGCAAUCAAGUGUCUUCAUUGUUUGUAACACUGAAACCUGGUCCAACAACAUCAGCACCAUCUAAACCAGCAAGUCUUCCUGGUUCUCCAGGAAGUCCUGGAUCUCCCGGUUCGCCAGGAAAAACCUGGGCAGACGUGGCUGGAGGUGGCAGCAGACCUAACUCGCCUACACCUUCUCCAAGACCUGGCUAUCCAAAUCAACCUGGUUAUCCAAGCCAGCCAGUAGGUCAAGCUCAACCAAGGCCACCGACUCAACCUGGAAGAACAGGACUAUCCUCAGGAGCAAUAGCAGGAGGUGCACUAGCAGGUGGUGCACUGGCAGGAGCAGCUGUGGCAGGAGCAGCCGCAGCAGAUAAGAAAACUUACUCAAGCAACCCUACUUAUAGCAAAGGAAAUUCCAUCACCGACGAAGACUUGGAGAAACUUUCCGAGGCUCUCUACAUUAAGGACAACAAUAACGCAAAUAGACACAUCACGCUGAAUCUGCAGAAGCAGACAACCAGCAGCAGCACAACAGACGACGCGACACAACCAUUGUUCACGGUGAACGCAGAAGCGUACCAAGGUCCCACAAUUCAAAGGGUGAUAUCGAUCUAUGACAAUUACAAGCCGGAUACCAAUGUAAAUGAGCAUAUAAGCCCGUUGCAGAGGCAAGAAGAGAGCCUUCUUGUGGACACGUUCCUCAGCACGAACGUGAUGUCCGCCGCCAUGAGAUUUUUAGCGGACAAAGGGAAGAUCCGCAAGGAUUAUUACGAUUACAAAGACACGUUGAGGAAAAUAUGGUUCAACUUGUUCUCCAGGGGACAAGGGAAAAUUGGUAGCUCGGGUUUCGAGCAUGUUUUCAUGGCGGAACUAAAGAGUGUACCAACUGGUACCGAAGUGGUCGGCUUGCACAAUUGGAUCUACUAUAGCAAAGAGGAGACCAAUGGGAAAGCAAAUUAUGCCGGGUAUUUGAGCAAAGUCGACCUCGGAGAUGCAUCUAUUAUUAAAAUACGAACGAAGUACAGCGGGUACGAUAAACCGGUGACGACUAUGUUCGUGGGUACUUCGCCCGAACUGGAGAUGGCACUGUAUACAGUGUGCUUCUACGCGAGACCAGACGAAAGUUGUCCGGUGUCCCUCGGAGGGACCAAGUUUAAUAUCAUCACUUAUAAAUUUAAGUACAGAGGAAACGAUCUGAUAGGCACCGCCUAUCCAGAUAUAUAAGCUCAUCGAGAUUAUAUUUCUGCUUGGAUUUCUUUCUUUCUUUCUUUCUUUUUUUUUUUUUUUU